GUCUGGAGCACAGCAUUCCGCUCAACCAUUAACCAUUGUGGGGGAUUUGUCCCUGUUAAAUGGGAGGAAUAAGACUUUAGUUUUAGUGUGCCCAAGUCGUUAGGAGGGCUGAGAAGGACUAGAGUAGUGUGGUGUUGUACUUAGAGGACACACACGUGGAUUUACACAGAGGAAGGGAGAACAAGUCUGGAGAAAGUACACAUCCUUGUCUGACUCCUCUUUUAAUCGAGUAAGGUCCAUCUGUGUGUGCUGGAACUCCACAGCUGCUAAUGAGGGUCACUUGCUGAAGCCUCCAUCUACUGGAGAAUACUAUGGCAACAUCCAGACACACUUGGAGGAGUAGGACAAUGUGGUUACACAUUGUGAUGGUGGUCGGGCUUAUGGCUUGUGUAUGCACGGUCAGUGCUCAAGAGCGUCGCUGUAUCUGCUGGCUGAGCAAAGGGACAGAACUCUACAGUUACGAUAUGGAGCUGAUGCACUUGGUUUUGCCGUGCACUUACAGGCUGACAAGUCUGAAAACGCUAGACGGAAACUGUCAUUUGACUGUUGAUAUCAAGAUGACGUCAGAAGAAGGCCAAAGUACACGCGCCGCAGGGAUCAGAUACCUGGUCACAACAAAUGGCCACGUCACGGGGGGUAUCAUUGACGACCGGGGAGUCCAG